AUGUUGGAUACCUUUGAGAUCCUUACGACUUCUGGAGUUGUACUCUGGUCAAAACAGUUUUCCCCUAUCAGCCCUGCGGUUAUCAACAGCCUUAUUACGAAUGUAUUUAUUGAAGAGCGGACUUUACCUGGCGCUGGAGUUGCAGAUGAUGUUUCUGCUGCAAAUAAUCCUCCUUUCAAACACGAUCAACAUACUUUGAAAUGGACAACAUGUAAAGAGUUGGGCUUGAUUUUUGUGGUUGUGUACCGGUCAUUACUACAUCUAUCAUGGAUUGACAAACUGGUGGACAAUGUCAAAACUAUUUUCGUGGACCUAUACGGUGAUCAAUUGAAAAAACCACAUACAACUGUUGUCGAAUGUCCUUUUGACGAAUAUUUCGAUCAACAAGUGCGAGAGUUGGAGAAGAGUGCUUUGAAUCAGGAUGCUAGAGUCGCGGAGGCUUCUGCGUUUGAAGAGUCAAUUCCCCUAAUCUCUACAACCUCAGAUGAUGAACCCCCGCCAUUGCCUGGAUUAGUUUCGAGGGGGCAGUCUAAGAAUAAUGUCAAAGAAGUCACUUCGACCGAAUCGACUCCUCUUGGAACACCUAAUUCGCGGCCGAGCACACCUGCGAGCCACAUAUUGAGUGCGAAAGCAGGACCGGGUGGAAGAGUUUCUAGAAGGGCUAGAAAAGCUGCACAGACACCUAUGUAUGCCUCAUCCGGCGACGAAUCUCACAAGAAAUUCAAAGGUGCGAAGACUGGACUAAAGAAGGGAAGGAAAUGGGAUGCAGAAGGAAAUGCAGAUGAGGAUAGUGAUACCCCGCUCGACUAUUCUGCUCCUGCAAACGGAGCUACUUCAGGGGAAGAUGAGGGUCGCCCGGGUGCCGUGGAAGGUGUUGAACAGGCUUCGUGGGGUUUAAAGACUGGGAAGGGGCAGUUCGUACUAAAGGACCUCGAAGAUGAAGUUCAUUCAAUUUUGAAUUCCGCAAAUGUGAAAAAAAACGAAUCUAAUGCUCUAUCAACUGGUUUAGUAGGAUCUAGUUUCAGUGCUAUUGGAGGAUUGUUUAGAAAUGUCGUUGGAGGAAAGACUUUAUCCAAGGAAGAUUUGGAUAAAGCCAUGAAGGGAAUGGAGGAUCAUUUAUUACGAAAGAACGUUGCUCGAGAAGCGGCAAUGAGAUUAUGCGAGGGUGUGGAGCGAGAAUUAAUAGGGGUAAAAACCGGAAGCUUUGAAAGCGUCCAAGCAAAAAUACAAACAGCCAUGGAAUCAUCACUGAGGAAAAUCCUCACACCAACAUCAUCCCUUGAUCUUCUUCGAGAAAUCGACGCUGUCGUCUCACCUCCAACUAUGUCAUUAAAGAAGAAGAGACCAUACGUCAUAUCAAUUGUCGGAGUCAACGGCGUCGGCAAGUCCACAAAUCUUUCGAAGAUAUGUUACUUCCUUUUACAAAACAAGUACAAAGUCCUUGUUGUAGCUUGUGACACCUUCAGGUCUGGAGCCGUCGAACAAUUAGCCGUUCACGUACGAAAUCUGAAGGAACUCACGGCCAGAGAAGGUGGCCAGGUAGAGCUGUACCAAAAGGGAUACGGAAAAGAUGCCGCGAACGUAGCGAAAGACUCCGUCUCAUUCGCCGCCCAAGAGGGCUACGACGUAGUCCUAAUCGACACAGCGGGUCGUCGCCACAACGAUCAACGUCUCAUGUCCUCGCUUGAGAAAUUUGCCAAAUUCGCUCAACCCGACAAAAUUCUCAUGGUAGGCGAAGCACUCGUCGGAACCGAUUCAGUAGCGCAAGCUCGAAACUUUAACGCCGCGUUUGGUCAAGGAAGAUUGUUGGAUGGCUUCAUUAUUAGUAAAUGUGAUACGGUUGGAGAUAUGGUGGGGACCUUGGUUAGCAUGGUUCAUGCAACGAAUGUUCCGGUAUUAUUCGUGGGAGUUGGUCAGCAUUAUAGUGAUUUGAGGAAUUUGAGUGUCAAGUGGGCGGUAGAGAAGUUGAUGGCGGGAAAUUAA